AUGGUCUCCACCAAGUCUACUGGCAUCUCGGUUGUGGCCCUCAUUGGUCUCAUUCAGGUUCAUGUGCCCAGCCCCAUUCGCCGCCAUUGGUCCUAUCGUUGGGGUGCAGUCACGGGUGCUGUCUCGGGAGCUGUGAACGCUGCUGUCAACCGUAGAGAGGUUGCAGCUGCCUUCAUGGGUAAGCGUGACUUGCCUCCCGGUAUCUCACAGGAAAGCAUCGACCAGUGUGUCGAUCAAAUCAAUGGACAAUUCAACGAUGCUGGCAUUACCGUCAGCGUUUACCGCACCAACGAUAAUGCGGCACAGGCUGACAACGUGCCUCCGGCUUGUAUGAACCUUGCCACAGUCCUUACGGGUGACCCAGCCCAGACUGGUGGACCCCUACCUGUCGUUCUUGGGACUUCGAGUCUCCAGUACCAGAACCUGAACGAAGAACAGUUCCAGGAGCUCCAGAGUGCCCUCGACGGAUCAGCCUAA